AUGGCGACGAAUUCAUGCUUGGGGACGACGAAUGAGCCCCCGAACUGCGACCGCUACAUCACAGUCCUCAGCAUAGACGGCGGGGGCAUAAAAGGAAUUCUCCCCGCGGUCAUCCUCGACUUCCUCGAAUCGCAGCUUCAGGAGCUUGACGGGGAGAAUGCGAGACUUGCCGACUACUUCGACGUGGUAGCUGGGACGAGCACGGGCGGCCUUGUCACGGCAAUGAUAACAUCACCCGACCAAAACAAUCGACCGCUUUACGCCGCCAAGGACAUAACGCCAUUCUAUUUAGAAAACUGUCCCAAGAUUUUCCCCCAGAAACGAUUAAAAGACAAAAAAUUAAAAUUUAGAAUUCACAGCGUUUUGAGAGAAAAACUGAAGGACGCAAAGCUGAGCCAGUCAAUUACCAACAUCAUAAUUCCAGCUUUCGACAUAAAGCAAUUGCAACCUGUUGUUUUCUCCACACUUGAGGCCAAAAAGUUCCCUUUGUUAGAUCCGAGACUUUCAGACAUAUGCAUAAGUACCUCAGCGGCGCCCACAUUUCUUCCCGGGCACGAGUUUGUAACCCGUGACCAACACGGGAAUGUUCGAGAGUACAACCUCAUAGACGGCGGCGUGGCCGCUAAUAAUCCUACACUGAUUGCGAUAAACGAAGUAAUAAAACAAAUGUUCGGCAGCCGGGUGGACUACCUCCGGAUGCCGCCUGUGGACUAUCCUAGUCUGCUGACACUAUCGAUAGGCACGGGUAUCGCAAGGUUAGAGGAAAAAUACAACGCGAAAUUAGUGGCAAAGUGGGGCAUUAUGGAUUGGCUUCUGUAUGGGGGCACGACGCCUUUGCUUGAGAUAUUCAACCAAGCCAGUGCAGAUAUGGUCGACUAUCACGCCUCCUUGUUAUUCCAGUCUCUUCAGUCUCAAGAAAAUUAUCUAAGGAUACAGGAUGAUAACCUCUAUGGGAUUGAGAACUCGGUGGAUGUUGCGACAGUGGAUAACUUGGAGAGGCUAGUGACGAUAGGAAAGAGGCUGCUGAGGGGCCCACUUUCGAGGGUCAAUAUAGACACUGGCUUAACCCAGCCUGUCCAAGACGGGGGAACUAAUGAGGAUGCACUCAAGAGGUUUGCUCGUUUGUUGUCCACCGAAAGAAGAUGUCGACAGUCCAAGCGUCUGGAGAGCCUUGGAGCAGUUUCCCGGUUAAAGAUCAGCCCUGUACGGAAUAACAGGCUUAAAACUGAGGCGAUGGGUUUACACCCCAAAUCCCCUACAUUGCGCGCGGGGACUGAAUUCUCCAGCCAAUCCAAGGGCAGGACUACACCAUCCUCCGUGCCAACACACGCGACCUCCGCCCCGUCGAUCGAUCGCCAAAUCCUUCACGCCACCUCCGUACGCAUCCUCACGCGACCUCCGUCGAACGAUCAACCCCAAAAAAGUUUGGGUUCUCAAAGCGCAUAA